AUGGCGGCGAUGACGGCGGCUGGCAGUGACGUCGAGGUGGCGGCAGCUGCUGUCGGCCUGAUGAGCAGCGUGAAGGGCCGCCGAGUGUCGUGCGCUACGAGAGGAGUGGUGCUCGAGUUUGAUAACGAUGCUGACGCCGAUGCUGCUGCUGGUCACCACCGGCCGCGGCUGAUCGAGUCGGCGGUGCCGGUGCUGCUGCUGCUGGCGCGGUACACGGACCUCUACCUCAUCACCGAGUGCGACGACGACAGCACUGAGGAGGCCGUCCGCUCCCUCCUCGCUGCGCGGGGCCUCCUCGCCGCUGGCCUCAAUCCGCACAAGGCGCUCUUCUGCAGCACGCCGCUGGGACGGGUCCACAUGGCCAGGCAGCUCGAGUCCCACAUGCACAUCGACGGGAACGCGGCCGUGGCGGAGGGGCUUCACCGCCACGUGGCCCGGCUGGGCGUGGUGGUGGCCGGGGCGCCACCAGAGCGGCAAGGCGGCGCAGAGGGCGUGCUGUGGGCGGCUACGCUGAGCGAAAUGUUUGGGAGCCGCGAGUGA